AUGGAACAGGAGAACUCCACGGCAUCACCAAAACUUCUCCUGGUGCAAACGCCCGGCGGCGCGCACUCCCCGGCGGACAAAAGCGACGGGAACGCGUAUCUCUACAUCCUCAUCGUCAUGUCUUUCUACGGAGUGUUCCUCUGCGGCAUCAUGCUGAGCUACUUUCGCUCCAAGAGGAGGGAGAAAAGGCGGACCAACAUCUUCACGCGCCUGGUGCACGAGGAGGAGCAGCGGGAGUGGGGCGCGCUGCCCAAAAAGCACAGCCCGACUUUCCCCGCGGCCGUCUCGGGGCUAAGCUCCGUGCAGGUGUCCCUGCCCUUCUGCGGGGACCACGGCAGGCAGUUUCGGCAUCUAUACCCUGAGGGAUCCCUGUCUUCUCCGCUGGCGUGCGCGCUGUGCGCGGAGCAGAGCAGCGUCAGCUCCCUGUGCUCAUCCGCCGACACGCGCAACACCAUCGAAGAGGAAUCGGACAGCGGAGAGGUGGAGGGGUCAGGGGAGAACCCGAAGGGAGGGUCGGAAGCCAGCGGGGACGAUUCGGGCUGA